UCCGCGCUAACUUUGCCGAGCCCGGCCGGUGCAGAGCUCCAGUGGCUGUUGGGUGGCGGACUGCAGAUAGAGGGGUGAGCGGGAGGCUCUGUCCCUCCGCUCCAGACCUUUCCAACCCGCAGCCCCUGUCCCAGCUUCGCGCCGCAGUCUUUGCUUUCUCCGCACUCCCAGGAGAAGACAGGACGAUGCCCGGGUCUGGGUUCCAAGUCCCAGCCUCAGCGAGAUGGUUGGGCGCGGGGCUUUUGGGAAUAGCUUUCCUCCUGUUCCCUUGUUCCCUGACCCUGGAAGUAUCUGUGGGGAAAGCUACCACCAUUACAGCUGUAAAUGGAACAAAUGUCCUGCUGCCUUGUACUUUCUCCACCUGUAUGGGCUUUGAAAACCUACAAUUCUGGUGGACAUUCAAUAACUCAGAGGAAUUCAAGAAUCUGCUGGAUGGGACAGUGAAGAAUGAAAAGUCAGAACCAAAGAUUAGGUCAAACAUCGACCCAUCACGCAUUGAGAUGGCUGGCUCUGUCAAGGAAAAAAAGAACAACAUCUCGAUUUUGAUUCUUAACCUAGAGUUCUCAGACAAGGGAAAGUACACUUGCCGUGUGAAAAAUCCCAAGGAGAAGAACGCCCAGCAUGAAGCUACGAUCUCUCUCAUUGUUGUUGACAAGUUGGUGAAAGUCGAUAAUACUGUGACAAUUAUCAUCCUCUCGGUUGUGGGCGGUCUCAUCGGACUUCUCAUUGUCAUCAUGUUGAUUAAGAAGUUUGUUACUUUCAUCAUUAAGAAGACCCAAGAAAAGAAGAAGGAGUGCCUCGUGAAUUCAUCAGGGAAUGACAACACCGAGAACGGAAUGGCCGGCUCCAAAGCAGAACAGAAAGCAACACCAAAGUUGUAAGCCUCUGGCCUCGAGGCCCAGGGGGAUACUGCAUUCAAUAUCACAACAACAGAGUCUCUAUUUUUGUUAACAAAACUGAUGCUUGGGCCGUGUCUAUAGAACCCACGUGCCUGUGAUGCCCGCUGCUUAGCUCAGACUGGAAUCCUCUAGGGGUGGGGAGCAAUGGGGCCUCCUUAGACUGGCUCCCUUAGCUGUAGCCCCUCAGCUCUUUUCUCUCUUUUCUCCUCCUUCCAGUGAUGCAGAUAAGUCAGGCAAAAAAGGAGAGAGGGGGCCAGGGGAAGUCCUGUGGUUGAGGGGGUGGUGGAGGGCAGGGAGAAGCAGUAUAAGAGCACUGCGUGGGACUCAGAGUUGGGAUGACAUCAGAGGAUGAGACACCCCAAGGCUUGGGUGUGUGUAGAUGAGGAUCUUUUCUUCCAGUCAUCCUUCUCUACCCUGAUUUUUCUUCCCCAAUAUUUGAGAACCCCUUCCCUCUGUGCUGGGAAUGGGUAAAGCUCAUGCUUUGGUCCCAUCACUUCCCUUGCGUGACCUAUAGAUCUGUCUUUCUGGUCAAGGCAGGACCAUGGCCAAUUCACUGGGAGCUCCAAUUCUGGGUCUCCCUCCCACCAGGAUUCCUUCCCUUUCUUUCCAUAGCUUGGGGUUCUCAGUGCCUGUCUUCUUUUGUCUCCUGUCCCCCUCUCAUAAGACCCCCACUCCAUUCUGACCUCUUUCAAUGGCUUCUUCUUUCCUCUCAUUCCAUUCGCCCUCUAUCUUCAAAGGCCUAUUCAGUCGUCUCCCAUCCAAACAAAGGACUCACUCUCUGGGUCCCCUAAAAUCCCUUCUAUGGAUCGGAGGGGGUAGACAUGGAGGUGUCCCUGUGGUGACAUGGGGGGGGCAUUUGCAGUCCUGAACACUGAACUCUGGGGAUGGAGGUCAACUGGGCAGGAUUCAUAUCUUUUUUUUCUGUGUGUGGGGAUACAUGGGGUUAUAGGAAUGGAUCAUUUCAGGUGUUGGUGCUUCUAGAUGUAACUAGAUGGGGAUGUAACUUCCUGUUUUGUGGGGUAUGUGGUCUUCUCUCACCCCAGCCUGCAGCCCAGUGGCUAGAGUUGGGAGGAGAGGUACAUAGGGCAUUCUCUCAUCACCUCAGGUCUAGUUGGGAAAGUUUCACUUCAGAGGCCUGAGUAAGGAGCUCUGAGCUGGGCCACCCUGCACCUUGAGUCAUUGGGAGGUGGGGAAAAGGGAGAAUCCUGGCUCUUUGGCCUGGAGUGAUGUCGGAUAUUAAACCCUUUCUCCGUUCUCUAAAUCUGUAGCUCAGGGGCUCAAGUUCCUAUGUUACUGAGAGAGAACUAAUCUAGACAAGGACAGAGACUUUGAGUCCCAGCUCCCUAGGGGACUAGAAGCUCUGACCUAGCCUUAGCUCCCUGGUGCCUAAGUUCCCCAAUUGGGAAAGGCCAUGGCCUGUGCCCCAGGCCCAUCCCACCCCACCCAUACCUGGGAGCCCAUGUCUCUUUGUCAUGGCAGGACUAUGGCUAAUUCAUUGGGAACCCCCAUCCUAUCCCUCUCCCUCCAGCCCCCUGAAUCCCCUUCUUUUCCUUUUUGGAGAAAGACUGCCAUGUUGUUGGUGAUUCUGAGUGUACUUUCCCUUUAUCUCACUUUCACUUUUUCCAGUCAUCUCUUUUCCCCACAGCUGUUCAUCUCUCCCCCAUGAAUAAGGCCCAUGCAUGAUCCCCAAGUAAAGGACUAGAACCUUUGUCUAGGUAUCUUCCAUUUCUGGUGGCAGACUUUAGAAUUUUCCUUCCUUCUGUUGAGAGAGGCCUUGGCUUUUCUGGCUACCACUCCCUACUUCAGUGUUAGGUGUUUAACCUCAGCCUGCAUUACCCUUUCUUCAAGGUUGGGUUGGACCUAGGGGAACAGGCACCCACAGUUAUUUAUUAUUAUUAUUAUUAUUGUUAUUUUUUGCUGUUCUAAGAACUGGUAUGCACAUCCCUAUGAGUGGGGACAGUCUGUGCCUUAGACCCUUGGUAUUUUAGCAUAUUCCCUGGGAGACAGAAAAUUGCAUCUGACAUGGGAGGCAGGCAAGAGUCCUCCAAACCUGUUCUAGCUCACACAGAGGGCUAUUGGCCUGGGAAAAGCAGCAGUGAGUAGGGUAUGGGAGCUUAUAAUCAGGAUGAUUCAGCUUGGUCCCUUGCUAAUUAACUUGGGCUUCUGACAUGAGAGGGAUUUGGGGGAUGUGGUAUGGGAAUGAUUGGGGCAAUUGGUUGAGGGAGUAGUUGAGCUCUGAGAAUCCAUAUGACUGUGCCUCAAAGCAGUAGACAGAAGGGGCCCAGUGAAGGGAGGGCAGUGGGGAUGGUGAUGGUGAUGUUAUGUCAUGGCGCCAACA